AUGUAUGACCGGAUGAUGGUCAUCGUGAACAAGAUUCAUGGCCUUGGGAGUAAAGACUUGACGGAUCACAUGGUGGUGAAGCGCUUGCUCCGAGCGAUAGCACUAAGGAAUCCCACCUUGGUGACAUUGAUUCAUGAGUCAAGCGGGUUCAAGAGGAUGUCCCCAAGUGAUGUGCUCUCAAGAAUCAUCUCCCACGAGCUCCUUGAAGAAGAAGCAAAAGAAGUGAAGAAGCUCGCCUCGUCCUCCGCUCAAGCCAAGAACAAGGAAGUGGCCUUCAAGGCAAAGAAGUCCACCUCUAAGGCAAGGGAAGAAAGCUCAAGUGACUCGGAGAGUGAAGAUGAGGAGCUUGCUCUUUUGGUUCACAAAUUCAAGAGCUUUCUCCGGAAGAAGAGCUAUGGAAGAAGAGAUGAAGACAAAUCCAAGCAACAAUCCAAGAAGGCAUGUUAUGAGUACAACAAGGAAUUCGGGCACUUCAUAGCGGAUUGUCCCAAGCUUGCCAAGAACAAGAAAACCAAGCCUAAAUAUUUCAAGAGAAGGCCCGAAAGGGCACACAUUGGAGAAGAAUGGUUCUCAAACAAUGAUGAGGACAAGAAGGAAGAUGAGCCCAAGGCAAAUGGUUCUAAGAGUGGAGGCGUCGCCACCGUGGCUAUCUCUUCAUCAAGCACGGAGCGGCUCUUCCCCAACUUGAGCGACGACGACAACGACCACACGCCUUUGUGUCUUAUGGCACAAGGGCGCAAGGUAUUCCUUGCCCCUAAGCAUAGUGUUGAUACUAGUGAUGAUGAUGAUGUAGAUCAUGAUGAUGACAAUGCUAUGCUUAGAAAUUUUAGCAAACCUGCACUCAUUCAUAUUGCUAAACUCAUUAAAGUGCUAGAGGAAAAAGAAAAUUCGCUUGAGAGGCAAGAGGAUCUUCUAGUUCAAGAGAGAAUGAAAAAUGAAUCUCUUGAAGGGAUCCUUGCCAAAAAUGAGGAUGAAAUGGAUGAUUUGUCUAAAGAACUCAUGCUAGCAAAUCAAGCCAUAACCAAUCUUAAGGAUGUCAAUGGAAUUCUUGAGGAAAUUAUUGUGUCCAUGAAUUUGGGGCACAAUGGUCUUGAGAAUGAAAUUGAUAAUCUUAAGCACAACCUCUCCAACUCUAAAGACAACACAAUAGUCAAUAUCAUACUUGAAUGUGAGAAAUGCAAAACUAUCGACUUAAAUGUUGCUGAGACUAACAAUGCAGCUCUCAAAGAGUUGAUGAAGGAGAAUGAGAGGUUGGAGACAUUGGUAAAGUUCGCAUGUAUUCGAACUUAUCAAUCCAAGGAAGUCCUCUUCAAGACUAUUACCACACACCACAACAAGGAUAGGCGUGGUCUUGGGUAUUUCCCCGACACAAAUUCUAGCUCAAAAAGGGUCAUGAUUAAUGGUAAAUCAUGCCUAGUAUUUGUGAAGGAAGGGGAGUCCAAGAGUGAAGAGGAAGGUAAAAGAAGCAUUGAGGCAUACUCCUCCGGUGGCUCAAGUUGGGUGAUCGAUAGCGGAUGCACUAAUCAUAUGACCGGAGAAAGAAGUAUGUUUACUUCACUCAACAAGGACGGCAGAGAUUGCGACGACAUAAUCUUUAGAGAUGACAGCAAAGGAAAGGUAAUGGGCUUAAGUAAAAUCGCCAUCUCCAAAGACCAAUCCCUCUCCAAUGUUCUUCUUGUCGAGUCGCUUAGCUACAAUCUACUUUCGGUUUCUCAAUUGUGUAAACUUGGAUACAAUUGCCUUUUCACGGAUAUAGAUGUCACCGUCUUUAGAAGAGAUGACAAAUCGGAGGUGUUUAAGGAUAGAUUAAAGGGAGAUCUCUAUCUUGUUGACUUCAACAAUGAUAGAGUGAAUCCUGAAUCUUGCUUAAUCGCCAAAUCGACUCUUGGAUGGCUUUGGCAUCGUCGCCUUGGUCAUUCCGGAAUGCGAAAUUUGUCAACUCUUCUAAAAGGGGAGCAUAUUCUUGGCAUACCUAAUGUUUCCUUUGAGAAAGAUUGA